AUGCACGAGGCACCGCAGGCGACCGUCGACACCAUAAUCACCUUUGACGCACACGGCGUCUCCGGCCAUCCCAAUCACAAGUCGCUCCACGACGGAGCGCAUACCUUCUUGAAGGCGCUCAUGCACCGACACAGCGGGUGGGAGUGCCCUGUCAAGCUGUACACCCUCACCACCACCUCCAUAUUCCGUAAAUAUCUUAGCUUGUUGGACGCACCAGCUACAAUUAUUGGCGCAAUUCUCCGCAAGAAAGAGCUCGGAGGCUUUCCGACUCCACUCCUGUUCGUCAGCUCACCGGUCGGUUACAGGACUGCCCAGAAAGCCAUGACCACGGCACACGAAAGUCAGAUGCGCUGGUUUCGUUGGGGCUGGAUCUCACUGUCGCGCUACAUGGUUCUCAACGAUUUGAAGAAGGAAUAG